AUGCUAAUCAAAAAGUUCAUUGCUUCUGCCACUCUUCUCUUGGCUUGUGUUGCUUCCAUUUCCUACGGGGCGGCACCACCAGGUUUGCCGAACUUCGCCAUUGCUCGUCCAUUCUCGUUGCACGAUGUUUCCAGUUUGGAAAGUUCGUUUGAUGUUUGGUCGACUUACCCACCUUGCAGUGACGGACCAGCCAUCGGUCAGCCAAAGUUGUUCCUUGUUUACUCACAAUCUUUUGAGAAUGACAAUGCCAUCGUUGCCAAAUCUGCCAUCCAAUCCGUCGAACUUCUCUUUAAUCAAACCAAAGGUUGGGGGAAGUGUUUCUCUCAAGUCGUUGGCUUGGCGGUCAACAUCACUUCCGAAGAUGAUCUAUACCGCAAGGAUGAGCAAGCUACCAACGUACUAUGGGUCAAUGGUCCGAACCGUCAGUUCGAGCGCACUGCUAGGGCCUUGAAGGAUGAAGGAAUCGACUUGUUUUACUUGAUGGAAAUGGAUUCCAUCCCGAUCAGCGAGUAUUGGUUGGAUACCCUUGUAGAAGAGAUCCAGACCCAGCCGAUCGACUUUUCCAUUCUUGGAAGCAAAUAUCGUGGCGACAACUGGGAUAACUUCUAUUCCACACUUCCAUCUUCCCUUGUCAACCACAUCAAUGGGAAUGCCAUCUACAACUUGACCAACGGCUUCUUCUGGCUACUUGUGGAACAGCUUGAAUUGGAGGCCAAGAGCGUCGAGAAUUCGGUUGCGUUCGACUAUCGCAUCUCUCAGAUUUUGGACGAAGCUGAAUUUGGCAUCCGUCCAGCCUUUCCUCCAUCUUUCUUGUCCGCUUACCCCCUCACCAAGGUAUCAGAUGCAAUCAAGGACAGCGUCGAGGCUAUUCGAGCUUCGCUUCUCGAGACUGCAGUUAUCGGGAACUACGCCAGUACCAAUAUGGUGAAGACCUACUUGAACGAUGAAGAAGUCAUCAUCCACGGAGCCAAUUUGCGGGAAAGCUGGGACAAGAAUGAAAUGGGUAAUUUAUCAUUGAUUGUCUCCGAUUGGCACGAAGGAAAUGCAAGACACCUUCUCGCAGACUUGGACCAGUCCAGUCACCCAUUUGCUGAGAUUGUUGUAUUGACCGACAACACAACCUAUUCAACCGAAUUGGCAAACUUGACAAACCUUCCGGUUCAAUUUGUCAGUCGUUACAAUCUCUCGGAUCAACUUGAUAUUUGCACUGCUCCAAUUUCUACCGAAUGGUUCAUGAAGACCAAUUCCUUUCAUCGCAUGAGGAAAAAAAUGGAACUCAUGACUGAAAGUGUCAAUGGAACUCUGAAGCCAGUGGUCCCUUUCAUCAACGCAAACAAUGAGUCUUGCACUUUCCACCCAUCUUGCACACGGGAAGUCGACUUUGCAAGAAUGAUUGAUCAGGACACCAACGAAACCUUCCAGACCAACCAAUUCAUUUUCCAUACCGAUUCUCGCAACGACUUUUGCGAUUUCAUCGCCAGCGAGUUCUCGAACAAUACAGUUGUAAGCGCCACAUCCUACGUCGCUUUCCUCGACAAGCACUUGCCCAACAACGAAAGCAUGUACCUGCCAUAUUACAAGGGGGAGGGAGGCUUCCGUGAUUUGUUUGUGCGCUUGCCAGGAUCGAUCGUGCCAUCCCCUCUGCAAUUCGCAAACAGCAGCGGUUUCACAAACAGCAGUAAUUCCAGCGACACUUGCGCACUUUUCACUGCCGAGGACGAGUGCCUUGCAUCGCUUUGUGAAUGGCGUGAAAACUUUGAAUCUUGCAGAUUCUCUUGGAGCAAUGAGACGACCUCGAGUCCAUCGGUGGCUCCAUCCGUGGCCCCAUCCUUUUCUCCAUCCGCUCAGUCUUCCGAAAACCCAACCAUGACCAUGGAUCCAAGCCAUGACCCAUCCAUGCCCACUGAAUCCAAGUCACCCAGUCCAACCAUCGCUCCCACCAGCAAGGGAGUUCGCAAUGCCCCAGUCACUGCCGAACUUCCAACUGUGGCACCAGUGGACGCUGCAGAUCGACAAAGUCGGGGUGGCGCUGGUCGUACCAACCGACCAGUUUGGGUAGAAGCUGUCACCGGAACCAUUCUUGGAAUUGCUGCUUUGCUCUUUCUUCUUAUGAUGCUCAAAAAGUCAAGCAACAGCGAGUCCGAGGCUAAUGGUGCUGAAAUCACUAGCAACCCAGACAGUGGAUCUGUCAAUGCCACCACAAUGCAAGCAGUCAUGGUCGGCGAUAUGGAUGACAUGGAUAGCAUCCAAGGUUACUCUUCCGUCAGUACAGUCAGUGAUUUGUACCAGACAUACCUUUCGGAAACUGGGAAUUAG